AUGAUCGACGUGCUGAACCACGCGCGUCAUCACGGAUACGCGAUUCCGGCGGUGAACUGCACGAUGUCGCCGGUGAUCAACGCGUGCCUCGAGGCGGCGAAGAAGGCGAACGCGCCGAUGAUCGUGCAAUUCUCAAACGGCGGCGGAUACUUCAUGGCCGGUAAGGGCACGAGCAACGCGGAUGAGAAGGCCGCGGUCGCGGGAUGCGUCGCGGGCGCGGUCAUGGUGCGGGAAUUGGCGGCGCUGUACGGCGUGCCGGUGAUUUUGCACACCGACCACUGCGCGAAAAACUUGCUCCCGUGGUUCGACGGCUUGUUGGAGGCGAACGAGGCGUACUUUGCCAAGCACGGUGAACCGUUGUUCUCGUCGCACAUGCUCGACUUGAGCGAGGAACCGAUCGAGGAGAACUUGGAAAUCUGCAAGAAGUACUUGGCGCGCAUGAAGAAGAUCAACUGCUUCCUCGAGAUGGAGAUCGGCAUCACCGGCGGCGAGGAGGACGGCGUCGACAACUCGGACGUCGCGCCGGAAGACCUCUACUCCAAGCCGGAAGAGAUCUACCAAGUCUACGAAGCGCUCCAACCGAUCGCGCCGGACUUCUACUCCAUCGCUGCGGCGUUCGGUAACGUGCACGGCGUCUACUCCCCGGGUAACGUCAAGCUCACGCCGAAGAUUUUGGCCAACGCGCAAAAGUUCGUCAAGGAAAAGACGGGCGGCGACAGCGACAAGCCGGUGUACUUUGUCUUCCACGGCGGCUCCGAAAUCCGUGAGGCGGUUGGCUACGGUGUCAUCAAGAUGAACAUCGACACCGACACCCAGUGGAGCUUCUGGGAUGGCGUCAAGAACUACGAAGCCAAGAACAACGCGUACCUCCAAGGCCAAAUUGGCAACCCGGAGGGCGCCGAAAAGCCGAACAAGAAGUACUACGAUCCGCGCGCGUGGAUCCGAUCCGCGGAACAAGCGACGUGCGACCGGUUGCUUGCGGCUUAUGAAGAUCUCAACGCGACGAAUGCGCUCAGGUAA